UCUAGUUAUUGAUCAAUAGUUUCAUCGGCAUUCAGAUUGAUCCGAAUCAGAAUUACGGUAUAUAUUGGAAUAUUGAGAUCUUAUUGUAUUGAGAAACAUGGCAUCAUAUGGCGAGGUGGUCAUAGCAGUGGUGUUAAUUCUAUCACACCAGGUUUUGAUGAAACCUACUGAAGUAGAAAAGGAAAACAAAGAGGUGAUCAACUUGGAAAAGGAACUGGAAUCUCAAAAGCCAACAAUCACAAAAUCAUCAGAUAACAGCGAGGACAAAGACGAUGGAGAAUGGGGGAAUGCUGCCAAAGGAAUAGAUGUAGGAAAUGUUAUCAGAGAUGUUUUGUUGACGCUCAGAGACCAUCCAGAAAUCGUCAGAAAGCUAAUAGCUGGCGAGGAAAGGAAUCUAGCAGAACAGGUUUUAUCAUCAGAACACGACACAGGGUCUAAUAAGGAUGAUAUAGUUCUUCCGGUUGAUUUACCUCCACGUGACUUUCAGUUACCUCCACCACAACUUCAACAGGCUCCAAAGAAGGUUGUAAAAAAGAUGGGAUCUUACAAUGAAAUUAACAAAAGACAAAAAGAGAAACCAGAAGAGACCAUAGACAUGACAUUUCCAGUAGAAGGUGGUUCGUUUGAAGCUGGUGAUAUAAUAAACCAGGAUUCGAAUGAAAUGAAACUGAUUAAAGAUAUAGAUGACACGGAACAGCUUAAGGAGGGUGGUUCCAAUCAAAUAACAUAUCCUGAUCUAAAACGAAACGAGGACUCAUCGAAAUCAGAGGAAGCCUCUAAAUCCGAUGAAAGCAAUGCCUCAGAAGAAUUGUCUAAAGCAGAAUACUGGAAGACAUACAAAAAUUAUGGAAAUCAGAGACACAAACCAAGGCAGCACAAAUCUCGUCAUUGGAUGGAUCAUAAAGAUAAAAAUGGAGAUGAAAACUCACACGAAAUUUUAAGUAAAGCUGAAUUCUGGAAGAACCAUAGAGCAAACAACGAGAAACAAAAGAAUGACAAGAGCAAAGGUGAUUUCUGGAAGAAUUAUGGAAAACAAAAGGACAGUGGAAGCAAUUCAGAGGACAAAGAUAAUGUAGACAGUCCAGAACUGGGUGAUACUGACAGCAGUGAUGGAUCUUCUAAAGACAAAACGGCUAGUAGUAGGUCAUCUGAAAGCAAAGCCAGUGAUGAAAAUGAGCUUGAUCUGUACAAGUUGACAAAGGAAGAGAAGCACAGAUCUGUAAUGUAAAAGUGAAAAAAGACAAACAUCAUGGAUUCACAUAGCACUUGAUUCACAUAUCAUGUUUUACUUAUGCCAAAGAACUGUUACCACAGAAUUCAGGAUAUCAUUUAACAUAGAAGAUGAGAGAUCUCACUACUUUUAAGAAAAUACAUAAAUUCUGAAAAUUAUAAAUUGUCUAUUAUGAAAUAUACUUUUGUUUAACAUAAAAAACAAACCUGAUUUUCCAUACUUUGUGGUGCAAUCGUCUAGUGCUGAUAUAACCCUUGCACUUAACACUAUUUUCCAGUAUUGUACCCUAAGUGUUAAUAUUGUAUGUGAUAUAUCUAUGGAUGGAUCUUUGUCAUGCAAUAUAUCAAAUAAUGGUGUUAAGCAUCCCAAAGGGGAAUUAACUAUGUAAUUAACAAUUUAACCAAGAAUUUUCCAUGUCAUAGUGUAAACUCAAUAUAGUAUUCCAAAUGUUAAAAUAGUAUGUGAUAUAACAAGGACAUAUUUGGAUCUAUGUCAUGCAAUGUAUCAAUUAAUGGUGUUAAGUAUCCAAAAGGGGAAAUAACUGUGUAAUUGACAAUUAAACCAAGAAGCAAAUGUAAGAAACAAUUGCAGGAGUACCAUAUAGGACUAAUCUUAUUCUAACAGAAAAAAAUAUGAUCCACUUAGAAUCUAAUUCAAGUAAAAGUUAAAACCAAAUUAAGCAUUUACUUUGCAUAUAUUUUCUUAUCCAAGUUAAGUUAAAGUCUUGACAGUCUAAAAGAGCUUAUUUCUUGCCUAAAAAUGUCUGUUUCAAUUACCAACCUGUACAUUAACAACUGGAAAUAUAUUUUAUAUCUUGCCAAUGAACACCUUAAGAUUUAUGUGCACAUUUUUAAUAUUCAAAUAAAGGGAUUUUUAAUGUUCACAUUUUAGAUAAUUUGUAUUUUAAAACAUGCACAUUUCUAGAAUAUUCAUAUCUAAAUGUAAAAUUUUAAGAGAACAUUUUUAGAUUUUCAGAAGGAGGAAGGAUUCCGUUGUUUACAUCAUGUUUGCAUUUUUCAUAUUUGUUUAUUUUUAUAAUCUUUAAAUGUUGUUAUUUCUUGUUAUAUCUUUACCAGCUAUAAAAUAGCUACUUGUUAAAAUACAUUUUCCCAGGAUGCAUUGUUAAAAAUACAUUUUCCCAUGAUGAAAAUUGGUAUUACACCCCUCUUUUUUAUAACAAAAAAUAUAGCAUAUUUCUCAAAUAUCUAAAAAUAAAUAAAUGCCCUUGAUUGUUCUUUACAUAUCAAAACUUGUUAACUGGUACUUUGUACAAUUUGAUCUGCUUUGGAUACUCCUUUUGAUGUUUCGGAAGUAACAACCAGAUUUGAAGCAUUUUUAUUGAGUGGUUGUUUUUCUGGCCUUAUAUCUAAUCUGUAUUUCUUAACAAUUGUCUGUAAUAUAUUAAUAUAAAUUCUUUUUAAAUGUUUUAAAA